CUUAACCAGAACUGAUGGGCGAAACGAUGACGAAAUCCAUGAAUUCAUCACAAUUGCUGGUGCUAUACACAUUAGUUAUAGUAUGCUCACUGAUUCCAUUAUCGCACAGUGCCAAGAAACCUGUAGGAAUUGCCAGAAAAGAAGACAUUCCAUAUAUAAAAUGUCAAGUAUGUGAGAAGCUGGCAUCUCAAAUUUACCACCAAGUUGAAGCCAAAGGAUCCGAGGUUUCCCCGAAAAAGUUAUCAGAAUAUGAAAUUAUAGAAAUCGCGGAGAAUGUUUGCAAUCUGAAGAAACGGGAAGCUGAUUGGAUACUUAAAAUUGAUAUAGUGGAGAAAGGGGAUAAACUCGAGCUUGUCGAGCAAGACUCUGAAGGGCAAUGUAAUUCAGAAUGCAAAACAAUAGAGCGAGCUUGUCAAGAGGUUUUGGGCUAUUCAGAUACAGAUGCUGCAGAACACUUGUACAAGAAGAAGCCCCAGCUUAAUGCUUUUGUAAAUUUUGUUUGUAAGGACCUGACAGGUGCCUGCAAAUCGAAGCCACCACCAGUACCUAAGGAUAGGGCUCCUGGAGAGCCUUUCGUUGCCAAGUCAGAGAAAGAGGCCGAAAUGGAGAGGCUGAUGAAAUCAAUGGAGGGUAUGCCAGGAGCACCGGGAAUGAAGAUGUACUCACGGGAAGACUUGAUGAAUCAAAAGUUUGGUGCUGAAGGUGGAGAUGAGGACGAGGAUGAGGAUGCAGAAGAGUUCCCUUCAAACUUGGGGAAAGCAUUGAGACAAAAACCGGAGAAAGAGACUGACUGGAAGGAAAUGAUUAUAAAAGGAAUCCUCAAUGCUGGAGAGAAACUGAAGGAACAUACAGAUCGUGUCUCAUUUAAAUUAAGACGGUGGUGGCAGAGCAAGAAAACAGAGUGGAAGAAGAGCUCGCAGUCUGGCAAAGCAGAGCUGUAGAAAUCGAAAGCCAUGGAGCAACAAGAAGCUGGUUCUGCUAGUUCUUUUUCCGUCUUCCUUCAUAUUUGCCUUGUAAGGUGCAUACAACAAAUUUGUAAUUUUACCAGCAAUGUGCAUAAACUCCUGAUUUGGUUAGCGCCCAAUUAACAACACACAGUUGUUGUCUUUGAUUUUGAAGAGACUAUUAAUAUGAGUAGCAUAAGAUUAUGUUUUGAAUGCA